UAGAGUAACGCUUUGCCUUUCCCAGCGGAAGUUAAGCAGAACUUUCCGUCUGGUAUCUUAGCGACCAGCCCCACCCAGUCGCCCCGCUGGCUCCGCUUUGCACAUACGCAAGAUGCGGGCGGAGAAGGGGGCGUCUUCGUCCCGGUGCUUCGUUGUCCCAGUGCCAGGCAGAACGUCGUCUGAGGUGGGAAGCUGGGAUCCGAACCCUCGCGUGAAGAUGGAGAAAAGAGCGAGGUUAGUAACGAGAUGCUUCCACCGACCGCUAAGGCUUUAGUGCAGACGCGGAGAGUCUUUAUUUGGUUUUUUGACCUCUUCGUGCCCCGGGAAAAGAUAAGAAUGAAGAGUCUGGCGGGCCGGGUAAAUUGGUCCAGUUUUGGUUUACCAUCCGGCUGGGAUUAACGGAGUGGAGGGGACUGACCUUUCCAUGGGCCGCUAGGUAUUUCUCAGCCUCCGCAGUGUCUGGGGCUUGACCUUUAGCAUUUCCCUCUUACCUGGUUCGGGGGGAUUCUGGCGCGGUAGCCGAAUGGCUGGAAGGAGGUGGGUAUGGGGGCAGGAUGGGUGUUGGGAUGCACCAAGCCUCUCUGCAUAGGAAGAGUUUUUACCGAUGUUGUAGUAUUUAUUUGCCAGGUAGGACUUUGUCUCCAACCAUAGUGACGACCAGACACCUACCUUACUCUCACCCUCAGCCAUUCCUGUGGUUGAAUCCCAAGAUUUGGCCGGCUUUCCAGCCAUAUCCAGUAUAGAUCCACAGUCAUGAGUCAGACAUAGCCUGAUAAUCCAGUUGACUUGAGUUACUGCCGAGAUUUAGAAGCCCGUAACUCCUGUAAAUCAAAGCAAAUUCUUGUCCAGAGGGCCAGACUUGUUGAUUUGUCCAGUCGUGAAUCUGGUCGGAGACCAGCUAAAGGGGGAGAGAAUGAGGUGGACGUCUGACUUCCUGGUAGAAAUGAAGAGGUGAUAGUUCUUUAAAACUUCUAACUCUAAUUCCUUACACAUCAGGACUCUUUUUAUGCUUCUUGCAGUACCUUCUGCAAAGUAAGUACUUUAUUUUCCAAAAACGGUUCUGGAUUCUCCAGCAUUCUCCAGUUAAAAGGAACGUUAACUUUUGCCCAGUGUUGUUGCUGUUUGUUUGUUUGUUUUUUUCUUUAUCCCACUUAUCUCCUUGAACUCAGGACAAGAAAAAUGUACAAAGUACAUUCUUGAAGCAGUCUCCCAACUCACUGUUCGUACUGUAGUAUGUAGAAGCAUGGUACGUUUUCCAAAACCAUCAUCCUUUCGGGUUCACAUUAUAUCCCGGUCAGAUACCCAAGCUUUGUAAUCACAGAUAAACAACACAUUAGAAUUCUGGAAAAUAGUAUAAAGAGGAAACCACAAACAGAGACUCUGAUGCUUGGGGGAAAAAGGGCAUAUCCAUUUUAAGGGUAUGGACAGGCUUGGAAGAAGGCAAGACGUUUUGGAAGUGGAAAAUGCAGUGGAAGACUCUACAGGAGAAAAGCUGCAGUUAGGUGAGCAUGGAGUAGACAGAGUUGGAUUUCAUCAAGAUUAGUGGCCAUGCAAGAUGAUGAUUCAUGGUGAUGGCUUGCAGGAUCAUAAAUAAAAGAAGGCACAUGGGACUUCAACAACUUUCAUCAUUUGCAGGAACAGGAAGAACUUUCCUAGGCCCAUUAAAAUCAUCUAAAUUUAUUGUAGAUGCAGAGUGUCAUGAAAGUGUGUUGAUCAGUUCAACAGUAAGGCUUCUCGAAAGUUUGGAUUUAACCAGCGCAGUGGGACAGCUUCUCAAUGAAGCAGUUCAGGCCCAAAAUAACACAUAUAGAACUGGAACCAGUACUCUUUUAUUUCUCAUUGGUGCGUGGAGCAGUGCUGCUGAAGAAUGUCUCCAUUUAGGUGUCCCCAUUUCAUUAGUAGUGUCUGUAAUGUCGGAAGGCUUGAACUCUUGCAUUGAAGAGGUAGCUUCCCUUCAAGUACCUGUCCACAAUGUAUUUGACCAUAUAGAUAGCACAGAGACAUUUCCCGGACUUGAAACAUUUAGUGUCAGUUUGUGCCCUUUUCUACAAAUCCCUUCAGAUACUGGUUUACAGAAAGAGCGUGAUCUCAAAGAUGUUGCCUCUCCGUCACUAACCAUUUACAAUCUUUCUGGGAUACCUGUUAAAUCAUCUAAACUCUUUAGACCUCAGGCUGAAGUUGAAGCUGAUAAAAACAAGGUACAAAAUCCUCAAACUCUGAAAAACAGUCUGCUCGCAGGCAACCGUUAUAGAAAGUCAGUACUAAUCCACAGUAGGCAUUUUAAUAGAACAGAUAAUAAUCAGUGGAUAAACAAACAAGAUGGAUUUCUAGAACAACAUGGUGCAGCUCCUCCCAGUACUUACAGAUGUAAUGAUUUUGUAGAGUUGGAGAUGGGUUUGAGUCACGGAGAUCAGAGCAGCAUGAAAUUAGUAGACGAAGCAGUACGGCUGCAGUGUCAGAAUGCAGGUAUGCAGCAAGGCAACUGGACAAUGCCGUUUGGGUUUGACAUUUCAAGAAUCUUCACUUGCCGUUUACCAGGUGUACCUGAAACUUUCUCUUGUGUCUGUCCAGGAUUUAUCACUGUUGUGUCAAUAUCUAAUACUACUAUGAUCAAGGAAUUACAGAAUCAACCUAACCGGAUUAUUCUCAUCGAGGGUGACCUCACAGAGAAUUAUCGCCACCCAGGAUUUAAUAAGGCUACAAAUAUUAACACACUAUUAGAAAGCAUGAAGGUUCAACAAGACAGCUCAGAAGAACUGUGGACAAAUUAUGUAUUACAAGUAUUAAUUAAGUUCAAUGUGAACCUCGUCCUGGUACAAGGAAAUGUGUCUGAACACUUAAUUGAAAAGUGCAUACACAGUAAGCGGUUGGUACUUGGGUCAGUGCAUAGCAGUGUGAUGCAGGCUUUUGCAGAAGCUUCAGGAGCAGUACAGGUGACCUACAUCACACAAGUGAAUGAAAACUGUGUAGGCAAUGGGGUCUCUGUGGCCUUCUGGAGAAGUAUUCCCUCGGAUGUCAUAGAUAGGAUCAACAUAAUCACAAUCGUGAUAAAAACAGAAGGAAUUAAUUUGGUUACAGUAGUGCUCACUAGCCCAGUCACUGCACAGAUGCAAUCCAAAGAAGAUAGGUUCUGGACUUGUGCCUAUCGUCUUUAUUAUGCUCUAAAAGAGCAAAAGGUCUUCCUUGGAGGUGGUGCAGUUGAAUUUUUGUGUCUUAGCCAUCUUCAAACUCUUGCAGAGCAAUCAUUGAGUAAAAGAAACCACGUCUGUUCAGGAUGGCUUCAUAAUACUUCCUCUUGGCUGGCCUCAUCUCUGGCACUGUACAGAUCAACUGUGCUUAAAUGCCUGGCAAAUGGAUGGCACAAAUACCUUUCAGCUCUCAUAUAUAACACGGCCAGUUGCUCAUCAGAAUUUGAAGCCAGCACAGUCAUUCAGCAGCAUCUACAAAAUGCCACAGACUCUGGCUCUCCUUCAUCUUACAUCUUGAAUGAAUAUAGUAAACUAAAUAGUGGAAUUUUUAAUUCAGGCAUUUCAAAUAAACUGGAACAGAUUCCAAGAGUUUACGACGUUGUUAUACCAAAGAUUGAGGCAUGGCGCCGAGCUUUAGAUUUAGUACUAUUAGUACUUCAGACAGACAGUGAAAUUAUUACUGGACUUGGACACACACAGUUAAAUUCACAGGAAACAGAGGGCUUUUUAUUUUUGUAGUGUUAUUGGCUAAGUCUUUGGGAAAUAAUAUUUUGUAAUAUAUCAUGCUAAUAAUAAAUUUCCUAGUAGCCAAGUCAUAGUGCCUAAAAUGCCAGCCAUUACCAAGAAGAAAAUUAUUGAUGUCUGUCAAUAACUGUAGGGUCUGAGAUUUCACCCAACUAACAAGCUAACAGGUUAUAAUGCCUGUGACUAUUUCAUGGUAUGUAUCUCAGGAUACAUGAGACACUUGGAUCAGAGACAAAGCACUUUUAUUAUUCGCAAUGAAAGUGGUAGCCAGAGCUUCCUGUUGGUUUGUAUCCAUUCCCAUUUCUCUGAGCCCCAUAAGAGCAGCAUAAAAGGCCAGUGAUGGAAUCCUGCACACACAGUGGAUUGUGUUAUGGAAAAGAACACUGAGCUUAGGACAUUGACUGCUUUUAUAGUGACCAGAAACAAUCCUGUUUUUUUGUCCAAGGGGCAUUGUUACCUUAUGCCUCAAGGUUGCUCAGUGUAAACACAAGCCUGAGACAUGGGCUGGGUAAAGAUAGGUCAGGUCUGUGCAUUCAUGGCAUACCCGGAAAGUAUGCAGUGUCAUUCAGAGCCGAUAAUGGAUGUCCUCUUCCAACUACUUCUUAACCUGCCUGCUUUUAACCAAAUUUGAAUUUUUAUGUAAGAAUGCCACUCUACUAGUCUGAUUAAUCUGAUAAACAGGUUAUUUAGUCAAUACCAUACCUAUUCAUUUGGUUUCAUAUAGCAGUUAAUUAAGGCUGCUAUUAUCAACAGAUUCUACUCUACUAUUAUCAACAGCAGCAGGAUGAAACCAGUCUGCAGUAUUGACCUCAAUCAUGUCCCCUAGGGUCUUGAAUUUAGUCAGUUUUAAAUUCCGGGGGUGGGGGUUGUUUAUUAGCUUAAAUGUAUUGUAAGACCAAUGUAUCAUACAUCAUGACCCACACAAGGGAGCUUUGACUGAGUUACUGAUCUUGGGUGUCCAUGACAAAAUUACAGGGUGCAAUAGAUGGGCCAAAAAAAAAAAAAACCCCUUCCCUAAUGGAGAGACCUACUGUGGUCUGUUUUUCCCACAUACUAGCACAUAGCCCCAAGUCACACAUUGUCCUGGUUUCUGUGUUUGUAGUUUGUAUAUUUUCACGUAUAACAGCUGCCGUCAAUGGCGUUAUGAACUGCCUCCAAUACUGAAUAAGAGUCUUAAUAAGGAGAAAACAUUUGUUCUUUUGACUCCCAGAGGGAUUAAGUGCUGUGACUCUGUCCAAACAAUGCUGAGAAACUACUUGGCAAACAGAGUUUUGAAUUUUGUUUGGGUUUAACAGUCACUUCUACUGGUAGAGGUUGAUAAUGGCCACAGUCAAAACCAUUGAGACAAGCUUCUAACUUUACCACCAGAACAUCAUCUACAUAGUGAACAUUUGGGAUAUCAGAGCAUAGAGGCACUCACACUAAAUCCCAACCCGCCAAUAGGUUAGGAUGGGUUAGGGCACGGUAGUAGAUGACAGGAAGUUUGUCUCAUUUCUCUAUAUGCAGCAAUGGGAAAAUGUAAAUGGGAAAUCUCCUCUGGCAUUUUAUGAGCAUUUACAAUAUAAGCAUAUAACACCUCAGUACCAGUUAUGUAUUUUCAUAACAAUUUGUUCUUAUACUAUCAGUUGAUUUUAGUCACUUUAUCCCCUGUAUGGGAGCUUUAAUGAUUGCGAUGAGAUUGUUAUCUCCCUGGCUGGGAGCUCAGGAAGGAGCCAGGGGUCAGGGCUGCAUCCAAGGAGGCUCUUUUUUUCUUUUUUGACCCCUGUCUUCAGUGUUGGUACCAACUUCUUUCCUGUGCACUUCCCAGUAUCUGCGGAGCCCCCAGACUCUGGGGAUCUUUGUUUUUUCGCCUUCCAUAUAACACUGCACCUCUUCAGUGUCCUGCAGCCUUUUGUACAUUUGACCACCCUGUACCCAAUACCAACUUCCCCUAUGGGACUAGGUAGAAUGGUGACUUGAGCACCUGUAUCUAACAGCUGUAAAAGUUUGAGUCACUUUCUUCCCCUAGGUUUUCCCGUCACACUUGGCUUUUUCCUUAAAGCAACUGAGGCCAGGGUAGAGGGUAAAGGAGUUAUUAAGAAGUGGAGAGUGCACAUAUUGCAUGGUGCGCUGGGUGUUAUAUGCAAAUAAUGAAUCAUGGAACAUUGCAUCAAAACCUGGGGAUGUACUGUAUGGUGACUAAUAUAACAAAAUAAAAAUUAUUUUAAAACAUUUUUAAAAAUAAAUUGGAAAUACACAUACACAAAAGAAGUAUAGAGGGAGAGAAUAGCUCCAUGCCAGUAAGGAAUGUUUUGCAUUUACUUUGGGUUUUGAUCAAUUGCCCAACUUGUGCUAAACGAACUUGCAAUUUUGAUCUACUUGAAGUUUUAUUUCCUCAUUGCUGGUAGCAUUUGUUUUAGCUUUGAGGACCCCUUGACUUAGCAAUAGCCUCACUUCUUGGCUAGAGCCCUGGGGCAUGCUGCCUUGUUUUCAUAUUAAUAUCUAAUAUCCUUGCUUUUCCUACCCUGAGGUGAGUGAGCAACAACCAAUACACCAUUUGG